CAUUCGUCAAAUAAUUAUUUUCGAUUCGUCGUUAUGGCAACUAUCUGACAACUAGAAAUGUCAAUUGACCUGUUGAUGCGCGCGCGGAGAGAUUGUUCGAUUUUAGACCCGAAACUCUCUCAAAAUUAAUGGCGCAAUCCGUACCGACACAUCGUUAACGUCAAUCCGAAGUCCACUUUCUAAAUUUGUCGUGUGGCGCUGACAACUUGCACGUAUCUUCAUUUCUGCGUUCGAUUUCUGCCCGAAAUGGCCUUGAAGAAAAAUGUGUCGAUAUUAGAAGGAGAACAAUUGUACAUGCUUGAAAUUCUUAUUGAUCAUCUAAGUCUAUGUUCCGAAAAAGCCGUUAGUAAUGAAGGGUGCGAUUUGAUGAUACGUAUAGGUUUCGUCGAUCUUAAACCUAUCGACAUCAUCGCUCAGGAAUCAAUCAAGGUUAAUGACGAAAGUACUAGCAGUAAGGAAAAUGGAUUUUCUAAUAAGUACAUCAGUUGCGAAGGCAAGACAUGUCUGCUCAUCCGGACACCGAGCAAUUUAAUACGAUCUGUAAAAUCGACUCCUCUAAGCAUUGAAGUGUACAGGAUUUCUCUCGAGGAGAAUCAUAAUUCGCCGGAUGAUGCUAGAUUCGUUCUCUUUUGCGCAGCAACGGCAUUUUUGCCAAAAGGUUUUUGCGAUCGGAUAACUGCGGCCAAGAACAAGAUAGAUGGACUAUCAAAAUUGUACGCGUUGACAAAAAUUUACACUUUGACCGAUGAACAUGGGAAUCCAUGCGGUUCUAUAUCCACGUGCAUGAGGUUGUCGUGUUUUGGAAGCUCCAUUAUAAAUCAUCUUGUGCUUCGCGAAAAGUCAUUCAUACUUGGAGGAUUUCCUCUCGGUUGGGAGCUUUCUUGCCCGAAACUGUCCGAUGAAAGUGAACACAACGAGAGAUACAUGAAAAAAUGUAACAACAAUACGUCAUUAUUGUACAAAAUUCUCGAUCCUACAUAUUCAAAAUUAUACGACCAGGAUGAUCGUACAGAGACAGGACCUGUGUUGACGAGACCGGAAUCGCCACCUCGCAUAUCAAUGAAUCAACCAGGAUUCGAAAAAUUAACGAGCGCCGAGAAAUUAAACGAUCACAAGUACCGUAGUUUAAUUUACGAGAUCUAUCACGACGAGCCGACUUGUUCGUGUCUACCGACGGACCAAUCGACGCAUCCAAUGAUGUGUCGUUCUGGAUGUGUCCGUUCUUGUUGCAUGGCUUUAAGAAAUCCCGAGUCUCUUAAAAAGUUUCCAUCGCUCGCUACGCUUGCUUCCGAUAAUUUUUAUUUAAAAUCAGACGUGGAGCAAAACAUGACCUAUCGUAACUCUACGAGGCUAAGGGGCGGUGAAGACUCCGAAGAUAAUUAUUCGAACAAAGCUUCAUGGGACGAAGGAUACACGUGGCAUGAGAAUGAUAUUAAUUUAAAAAAUCGUAUGAUGGGUGGAAGUGAUUACGGUGCAUCGGCCCGCGUGCUUUCCGAAGCAACGACCGUCAUAUAUGAAAAAAGCAAGAAAACGGGUGCUAACUCGUCCUGCAGAUCUCGGUCGAGAACAGCGGACAGGAUUAAAGGGACAGACUGCAUUUGUGCAGGGACUUGUGCGUCGGCUUGGAAAACAAAUGCGUCUAAAUGCACGAAAAAACCGUGUGUGGGUGCAGAUUGUAUGAUUCGCGCCUUCAAAGAGGUCCAAGAAUUCGUAGACUCUCUCGGCAAGGUGCCAGGUAUGGAGGGUCUUGGCUUGAUGGAUCCAUCCGAAAGUCCUUAUUUCGGCCGAGACAUACAGUGGGAUUACACCAUUCAAGAAAUAGCAAACGAGAGAAAACGAGGAUAUCCCAUUUCAGCAUCGCCAGGUGUGCCAACAGUUCAGUGUCCCGCACCUUGCAAUACACAGAUUGUUCCAGGACGCUCUGGUGUUGUACGCGAGGCGAUACCGUCAUUACCGGAAACGAUGUCGCACUCGGUCGCCGUCAAGCCAUCAAAAAAGAAGGAGAAUAAGAAGGAAGAGAAAUUGGAAAAGCAGAAGGAGCUGGACGUUACAACCUCCGCGCCGGUAGACGCGGUCGACGUUGGUCCUUGCGGUGAACCGAAAUGCAAAUCUCGCCGGAAGAAAAGGGAUGAUCGAACGAUACCGGAGGACAAUGAUGAAUCAAAGACAAAGCCAAUACAGACAUUGCCGCCUGGUAUCAUCGCUGCGAAAGCUGUUGGCAAAUUAAUCGAGAAGGGACGAUAUCCGAAGGGUAAGCCAGGUCCGAGUGGUGAUCGUGGUAGGGGGGGAGCUAUCAAGAUCAGCAGACGAGUGAUGCGAUACGUUUAUUCUAUUGGCGACGUCUAUCCUGGGACUAAUUACGGUCAUAAGAAUUGCAUCGAUCCACGAUUUAGGGUGCCGGCUAACAUGGGCUGGCUGUGGAAUACGAGAGCAACGGGAGACAAGCUGAAGCCGCGAAUCGGCUGGAAACCAGGCGCGAUCGGGCGUUAUUUGAAUGAAUUGCUAAAGGCAGCGAAGGGAGCUUCUAUGGAGGAUUAUCGGGCAAGAUCGAUAACCUCGCGCGACACCGUGCGACCACGCGGCAAGGUGUACAAAAGCAUGAGCUACGUGACCGCGCCAGUGACGAAGAAGGAGAAAGAGAGCGAGGAGGACGCGGAACCGCCACCGACCCUGCACAUUCACCGUAAGGAUGGCACGUACUACGUGACGAUGUACCCGAUCAGGCAGGAGACGACCACGAAUGUAUCGCGGCUGGACGAGCCGAUGAAGCCGCUGCAGUUUAAGAUAGCGCGCAACAAGGAUGACGCCUCCGUCGCGUCGAGCUCCACGGCGUCGGACAUGGAAAUCGAAUUCUCGCCGCCGGCGGCGGUCAACAGGUACCGCAAGAAGCCCGACGUGAUUCACGUGGACACCCAGGUCAGGCAGCAGGAGAUUCUCGAUGCGUACAAGCUGGCGGACGAAGAAGAAAGGCCGAAGACGAAGGAGAAGAAAAACAAGAAGGAAAAGAAGGGAAAGAAGUAACGAAGCCAUCUUCCCUUUUCUUCUCCUUUCGCUCAUUAAACCCCCCCCCCCCCCCUCCAGCACGGGAUCAUGAAA